ACAUUCCAACGUCUUUGUUGAUAGUCCGGAUCGAAGGAUUGGACAUAAUCAGCAUGUCGAGCAUACACGGCUCUCCAUCUAAGAGUAAGAGUAAAGAGGAUGACUAUUGGCAACCUGGUUGGUGGGAGUUGCAGUCAUUCGCAGAAUACGAUGAGAGACCUCUUUCAUGGAGCGCAUCGUCCAUUAUAUUCACUGCCCAUCCUACGAAGCCAUUCGUACUUGGCCGCCUAUUCACGACGUCCAAAGAAUUCAUCAUCCCAUCGCCGACCCCAGUCACUGCUCCAUCCGCUAUGUUCGAACCCCCCUCUGUCAUCACAGCGUCCCCUGAUGACAGAUCAUUAUUUGCCUACUUCCCAUGUCGAGAUGGGACAGGCUUGGGAUGUUUCUGGAGUAGAGGCCUUGAGGUAGAUAAUUGGGGCGUGAAAGAAUACUUUACAUUUCCCAGAGGAUCUGAUGUCAUAACCUCUGCGUGGCUUGGUGGCCCUCGGACAUGGGUGACGGAUCCUAGUGGACGCGGUAUUCGUCUGCCUUUGCAAGGUCCUCCGACACCAUGCACCCUUCCAACGUUUAUGGUCGUCACGCGCAAUCUUGAAGUUAGCCUAUACUACAUACGCAAUGGCUCACAUAAGUUUAUGGUUCUCAGCUGCUCCCUCACGCAACCAGACCAGUUGUAUGAGAAGGAAGCCCAUGGACCCUCUGAGACGCCUACAACUCCAGGGGGCGCGAAGAUAUGUGUAAGAGCAGCUAUCGGGCUUAGCUACAACGAGCCAUCAAUCUUGAUUGCCACGCAUUCAAGGACCAUCGCACCACCUCUCGAUUCAUCGUCUUUCAACGUGGAUAUGCCUUUCGCCCUUGAGGUAGCGCACCAGAACCAGCCAACCGAAUCUUUCAGAGCGGACGAUUGGAAUAACUGGGCCGAAGAACCAAUGAUAGAGCUCUGUGAAGUUCGCGUCGGAUUUGACGAGGCCGUAAUAAGUCUCUCUACAAAUCCACUUCCUGCAAUAUAUUGUCCUACAGAGCAUCUGAACAAGAUGAUUCUAGUACCGCAACGCCCUUCCUCUGAGAGUAAGGGGGCUUUAUAUCUCGCGAUGUCAUUUCUAGAUUUUGGCUCAUACACGUCCCCUCCAAAAUCGGAAUUGAAGUUAUAUUCGCUCUUCAAGAAUCCUACACCCUUGAACAAUAGCCAACCUAAUUGGCUGUCUCGUCUGAAGACUGCUCGAUCAUUCACUUCAGAAAUAUUGACAUUCAUAUCGCGCCAUGUCACCGGAUUCCCAACAGAUACCCUAUUAGUUGGAACACUCAAUACCUCCGCCAACGUAUCUAGGAAUCAUCGCAAGUUUAAAGAGACCUCCAUUGGAAGUAUUCAUGUUCUGCAGAUGCCUUCACUUGAGAAUGAUAAUUAUUGGAGGACUGUGCCUGUGUUGUCGAUCAGCUCAGAAAAUAUUUUACCAGAUCUAUUGUUGAGCGUAGCUCUAUCCCCUAAUGGGGCCCUUCUUUGUGCUGCUUCGCCUCCCUUGUAUUCUCCCUCGAAGAUAUCGGUACAUCCUCUUCCAAGACGAUACUCUGCGGGCAGCAAAGGUCACACGCCAAUACCCCCGGAUACAUACAUCCUAGUAUCUGCCAUCAAAACGCCAAAGUCUGUGGCUGACAUUGUGCACCAACUGUCGCUUUCUUCGAGCCCUCUCAGUCAAGUUGAAGAUGUCCUCUGCUGCACACUGAGCUUACUGGAACAACACGCGGGAAAGAUCUGGUCAUACUGGUUGAAUGACCUUGUCGGCCUAGUGCUCGAGGUUUAUCGGUCAAGAGCUCGUCGAACAGACAAUCCUGUACUCAAGGAGCAGAUCACUGUUCGUUACCAGACAGCCCAGGAUCUAUGUUCCAUCAUUGCUUGUCACAGCGCCUUUGAGGAUUGCAAGGAUGGCGACCUCUAUGAUUUCGAGGCAGUGUGGCCAUUGAUUGGUCUAAGCACCUGGUUUCUGGACUUCUCGGAGAAGCUUCUGCGGGAGUGUGUUCUUUUACACAACGCGGGGGAAGACGGAGUGCCUGCGCAACCUUCUAUGAGCGUUGACGAAGAUGACCUAUUUGGAUCCUCUACAUCUCUCCUCGAAGGCGGUGCACGCCGUCUCUUCCAUACUAUUACACGUGGUACACCCAUACGCCCUGGAGUCGUUCCGCGCCACUUUAGGAGAUGUUAGGCGUUUCCGCGAUCAACUGAACGCGUCGAGUUCUGGCUCUGAGAGGAUCCAAAUUGCGAAGAGUGUCUUUCUUGACACUGUCGCUUGCUCCGGUAUCAAGCUAAAGGAGCUGGAUGCAGUGUUGGUGGCCGUUGCGGAAGGAGUCAAAAACAUCGAUCGUAUGGACUUGAAGCGUAGUCUGAUUCUCUGCCAACCCUUGCCCUCCCUUCUCCCCCUUCUCCGCAAAAUCGCACAGACAAUUUCCACUUCUCACGCGAUCGACAAGCCACUGCUCUUCAUCAAACCCGAUGAGAUUGUCACCGGCGUUCCUGGACCACACUUUUUCGACCGAGACUCGGAUGUGCAGCGAAUGAAAGACAGCGAACGCGAUAUCGUGUCAAAGACAUCGAUGCUGCACCACGAGCACGCGCGCAUAUGCCUACGUUGCGGGGGUCGUUCGGAAAAUUUACAGUCGGCGAUGAUGCACACAAAGGUAGCGUCUUUGAGGUGGAACGCGUGGUAUAGGAACUGGGCUGUCAAAUGCGUCUGCGGCGGCCAAUGGGCAAGCGAUAGGAAUCAAACUUAUGUAUGAUCAGGGGAGUUUUGCACUUCAGCCUAUUGACGUGAUCAUGGCAGUUUUGAAAGGACAGGCCGGCAAGGUCAUUGAAAAACCCUACGGUAAAGUUACACAGUAGAGGGAGUAUCCCUACACAGGACCUUCCUUCCCAAAAAAAUCUCCAAAUUCAUGAUGCAGUAUACGACAUAUUAAAAUCUAUGCAACAAACAUCUC